CUUCCUUUCUAAAUUGGAUUUCCUGCUUUUUUUCAGAGGGGGGCAGGUAAGUAUGCGGCGGCGCGGGAUGCCCCACUAACUUGAACUGAGUCUCGACUCAGUUGAGGUUAGUAGGAAACUGUUUUCCCGGCUUAAGGAGGCCGUCAUAAGAAAAAGUUGUGGAAAAAUAAUUUUUCAUCAUUUUUUUUUUAUUUCUGAUAUUGAUAGUAUAUGCAUUAUUUUCAAGUCCUUUGGUCCCGUUCCCUUUUUAUAGGCCUCAGUUCGAGAGAAAAGACAGUUUUUUUGGAUCAACCGUUAAAUAAUGUCCAUAGCAACGGUGUUUGGGCGAAUUUUUUCCUUAGAAACCAUGCGUUUCUCCAUGGAAAACCUCCCCAAACAUGUAGCCAUGAUUUAAUUUCAAAUUUCCCCCUUUUUCCAAAUUGCCUCCUUUUCGUUUUGAGGCUAUUUUCCUGUAUGCUCCCUUGUGUUGUUGUGUUCAUUUCGGCGAAGAAAGCACUCGAAAAACAGCAAGUUGAACCGUGUAUUUUAUCUUGUUAUUUGUUCUCUAUAAUGCCUAGAAUAUUCAAAAAGAGAAAAGGUUUCCACGGAGUACGGAAAUGGCAGUUGAAAGAGUCUUCGGGGUGUGACAGAAAUCCACAACAAAGUACCAGUAGUGGAACCUCGAGCCAGGAUGAUACCACUAGGCCUAAGCCAUGUACGCCUUCGCUGACAAAAAAAGGAUUGAGUGCCAUGAGGAAUAUGUCAUCAGAGAAGCUGAAGCACAGCGAUUUUAAAAAGAUGGACGAGAAGAUGAAGACCAGAAGUUUGAGCAAAAGAUUAGGGGUCGCAAGAGCACACUGCAUUGAAGACGCCCAUGGAACAAAAAUCCAGGACUUCUCAAUACUGAGUCAAUCUUUAGAACAGUUUGCCAUCUGCUCAAGUUGUAGAAAUGCUAAAUCAAAGUUGAAAAUCAAGCAGGAUAACCAAAAACGAAAAGGACUGGCAGAGUCUUUAUUUAUAAUAUGCACACAUUGUGGAGCAAAACAAAAUUUUUCAACCAGCAGGAAAAUAGCUGGAAAAGGUGGAGCAUUUGAAGUAAACAGAAAGGCAGUUUUAGCAUGCCCAAGUCGGGCACAACUCCAAAGCUUCUGUGCAAAAAUGGAUUUACCACCUCCUGUUACUAAGGAGUCGCAUAAUAACCACCUGAAGGAUAUUGAGAAAGAAUUGAAACUUGAGGCAGAAGUUAAGAUGAAAGAAGCUGCAGACCGAAUUUUGAAUAUUUUAAAAGUAGAAGAACCAGAAAGAGUUAUAGUGACAGAGGAUGGACAGGAGAUUGGGGAAAUACCAGUCACUGUUGAUGGGACCUGGCAAAAGAGGGGACAUACCUCAAAGAUUGGGGUUGUUUUUGUCCUCUCGGUUAGAUCUGGAGAAGUCCUUGAUUAUGAGGUUCUCUCUCACUUUUGUCAGGCAUGUGUCUCUCACAGCAACAUGAAUAAGGCCUCAUUUGAGUUCAAAGAAUGGGAAGCAAGCCAUGCAGACCAAUGUGAGAUAAACCACUUCAGCUCGUCAGGAGACAUGGAGAGCAAAGGUGCUAUUGCAAUCUUCAAAAGAAGUAUAAAAGAAAGGGGACUGAAGUACACACAUUUCAUUGGUGAUGGAGACAGUAGCUGUUUUGGAAAGGUUGCUGAAGAAUUGAAAAGUAUUUUUGGUGAUUCCUACAAGAUCCAAAAGGAAGAGUGUGUAGGCCAUAUUCAAAAGAGAAUGGGUUCUGCUCUUCUCCAAUACAAAAAGAACAUGAAAGGCCAGCAACUUGCUGAUGGAAAAGGUGUAGGAGGAGCAGGUAGACUUACACAGGAUACCAUUAAGAAAAUUCAGAAUUACUAUGGCCUUGCUAUAAGGCAGAAUAAGGGUGAUCUGCAAGGUAUAAAAGCAGCCAUUAAUGCAAUUAUGCAUCAUAUUAUAGAACACCCACAAAAGAGUCUUGCUUUUCAACACAAGUACUGCCCAAAAGGAAAGGAGUCUUGGUGUGGGUUUCAGAAAGACCAAGCUAAUGGUACGAAGACAUACAAGGGAGCAAACAGACUACCUGCAGUUUUUUUGAAAGAGCUUGAGCCAAUAUUCUCCAGGUUGAGUAAUGAUGAUUUACUGAAACGAUGUUUGCUUGGUUUGACACAAAACCAAAAUGAAAGUUUGAAUGGAAGACUCUGGUCUUCAGUACCAAAAACACAAUUCUGUGGAAAAAGACGCGUCCAGAUUGGGGUAUGUGCAAGUAUCUGCAGCUGGAAUACAGGAUCUGGAAGCAAGUGUGUUAUAAUGAAGAGACUUGGAAUAAUGCCUGGUGUGAACACAUUGAAUGCUUUUAGGGGCGAAGAUGAUUUGAGACUUAAGAAUGCAGCAAAGAAGAUUUCAGCCAAGUACAGGAUUAAGAGAAAGAACCUCAAAUUUGACAGAAAGAGAAAACUUCCUGAUCCAGUUGCAUACAAAGCAGGAGGUUUUGGGCUUGGUAUUGAACCAGUAUUGGCAAAAAAGAGGAAACUUUCUCAAAAGCAAAACAGCAAACAAAAAUCUUCUCAGCAUAGCGAAACCAGCCGAAACAGCAAAAGUGAUAAAGAUCCCAAGAUUGUGUUUGUUGAUGAACUAAGUAUUGAUCAAUUUUUUGUGCAUGGUAACAGGUCAUAAAGAGCUGGAAAUGUUGAACAUUGGUAGCAAUAUAACAUUGAAACUUUAAAGAACAAUUUUGUGUUUUUAAAGAGACAAAUAACUCGUAAAAUGAAUUAAAAAUAGUUGUUUUCGUAAAACCCCGUUUUUCUCAAUAGUAUCAAAUUUAUGUUCAGUGUUUUUAGGAACAUUUUAUUUUGAAACCACAGGCCCUAGCAAAGCCAAACUUCCUGAUUUUAUUCAUUUCACUAUUGCCUACCAUUUGAGUAAUGGAAAUUUUCAUGUAACCAAAAAUAGACAUUGUUGCCAUGGAAACGACAUUUUGGGGUUUCACCCUUAUUUCGUGACAGUUAUGGAAAUUUCCAUUAUUCAAAUGAAAGAUCUACUUACUGGCAUCUAUUUCAUUGGCAUUCUAUUUAUAAGAUUGCUGCAAUAACAUAGAAAAAUGAACCUAACUGUGAAAAAGUGUCCCCAUUCAUCGAGCGUUGCUAUGGAAACCUGACCCCCAAAAUUAAUUUUGUUGUUGUCAACAAAAACAAGAAUACUUUGAAAGUUUGUAUAGCAAAAAUGAAGUGAAUAUGUGAAACGGAGCUUUAGCAGUAUUAGGUUGUACGCAAGUAGCAGAUUUUGACAUAUUCUUAUGACGGCCUCCUUAACCGGCGUAAAACAGUUUCCUCUUCAAUCGUUUGCAAUUGCUUACAGCCUCGGCUGC